GCGUUCAGCUAACCACCGAUAAAAAUCAAGCGUCUGGGAGUGAACGUUUUCCAUUGUGAAAUGUUAAUAUCUUGUCUGCUGUAUGAGAUCUGUUUGAGGUUUUAUUCAUAUUAUUAUACUAUAAGCAUUAAAGUGUUUUGACACUUCAUGCAUGGAGGUGCAUUUGAUGCAUGAGCUGAUAUGAAUAUGUAUUUCGACUUUCGAUUUAGAAUACUUUGGGAAUUUCUAGUUCCUGGUUCGUAUGGUGUGUCCAAUAUGAUUGUUUUGGUGACGUUAUUGUGUAUCUUGAGUUUACAUAUUUCACAAUGUGUAUCCUUCAGAUACACCACCACAUCGUGUUUGGUGACUUAUAAACUGGACAGAACAAACAUGGAUAAAAUAACCUGCACGGGUGAACACGUGGUCAAUCACUGCAUUCCUGAUGAUCAACAUAAGGAAAUGGAAGUUUGUGUACAGUGGAAAUGGAUUACCCCAGGUUACUGUCCAUAUUACGAUAAGUUCUCGGAUGUUAUAAAAGAAGUGCGCUGUUCCUUCUACUGCCUGUGGAACGAGGAUUUGCAUGAUGUUUGCACCUGUCCAUCAAGACUGAAUGAUGAUUCAUGUGAUAAGAAAUGUAAAAAGGAUUUUGGAUCUGACAAAUACAUCCUUUGUGAGCCUGACAAAGUUUCUACUACAAUAAGCCCAGCAACGCAUAUCAAUUCUGGAGGACAUGGAUCAAGGGAAUCGUCAGAUUCGAAAAUUAAUGUCAGCCCAACAUUCAGUAUUACUUCCGGGAGAAAUGGUACAGAGAGUUCACCAGAAUCACAGUUUAGUGGCAGUGCUGUAGGAAUUACUCUUGGUGUAAUCGUGCCGCUUAUCCUGCUGGUUGUUGUUCCAGGAAUUGUUCUGUUCAAGAAAAGACGUCAGACAGAAAAUACACGUCAGAGAGAGACAGCAGUGGAGAGGGGUGAAGGUAACCCCUUAAUGGGUACAGAAACAAGAUGUCUGGCGGAAAACGAACAGAACCAACAAUUAAUAGGAAAAGAUGAGCGAACAUCCACUGAAGAUAAGAAAUCGUCACCUCUCCUGGCAGAGAAUAAAAACGAAAACCAGAGUGAAGGUCAGCUCGAAGAGAAUUCCAUGAAGAAUGAAAGGAUCAGUGUAUCUCAAAACUAUGAUUCACCUCAGAAGAAUGAGUCAUUCAAAACGCCACCUAGUACUCCAGCAGUUCAUACAGAACCUGACACUGGCAUAUGGAGGAUAGAAAACAAGGAUGGCAAGAAAAACAAGACGAAAGAAAGGAAAGGAUUUUGUGGAGGACAGGACUCUUCAGAAGAGGUGUCACUUGAUGUAGCUGCAGAGAAAAGGAAAGAGGAAGGAUCUAUUGAAAGAGGCCAUUCUCCAGAUGUAGUGUCGCCUGAUAACGGCAAGGAAGACGAUUCACAUUCGUCUCCUGUCAAUGAUAAAAAUGGUGACAAUGGAAAACAAAACACGGAUAUUACGGAGGAGGACCAAAGUGAGGAAAAAGGUAACGAGGACCAGGAUGUAAAACUGCAUGUUCUAUCAGUUACUGAUAAAUCAUCGAACCAAACUGUCAAAACUGACUUAAAUAAUGAGAAUAAUGAAAUAAAGAGUGGCUGUAGAAUGCAUGUUGAUGAUAGUUCUGGAGAACAAAAUUCAGAGCAGAAGGAUCUCUUAUUAGAUACUCCCCAGAAUAGUGAUAAUCAGAAUGAUAAUGGAAGUGGAACUUCUGAUAAUACAGCAAUGAAGCAUGUGAAUGAACAAGAAAAGGAACAUCAAAAUAAUUUAAACUGCUCAGCAGAUUCAGGUAGUGAACAUGAUGAAAAUGCAUUCAAUGAGAUUAAAGAUGCUGUAGGAAUAUUUGUCGACUCCUUGGAAUCUAUAAAAAAGGAAGAUGAUGAAGAGGGUGGCCGGAGUGAGUUACAGGAUCUUUUGGAAUAUAUGUGUACAGGACCAGCGAGGAAGAUACUGUUUAAUGUUGUGAAGAUGUAUGUGGAUAAUCCAGACAGUUAUUUCAAAGAUGAAUCAAAAAAAGCUUUAUUAAAAUCAGCAUUACCACCAGAGUUCCAUUCAGCCCAUGAUUUUGAAUCCGAAUACAGACAUUCUAUCCCUGUUAUGUACGCCAUUCUACAUGUGUCACUCAGUGAGAAACAACCAAAAUCUGGUUGGGGUCAAAAGGUCAAGGACACAGACACUGGGGUAGGAGAUGAUGUAGAGAGAGUGUAUCGAGCUCACACACUGAGUAGAGAAAUUCAAAAUGCAGAGAAUAUAUCUGUAGAUGGAUAUGUAAGGCUAUUUGAAAUGUUGAUAGGAGCUGUAGAGAGACUAGAUAUAAAGGGGAAAUGUAGCGAGGAUUACAGGGAGAUUGUGAAGAGAUGGGGAAACAUUCAGAGGAAGCUGUGGGUGAAGGAUAAAUUGACAACAUUCACAAACUUUAUCAAGAAAUGGUCAUAAUGUUGAUACAUGUCACUUGUAAGUAUUUUAUUGAGAGAGUUUGAUGUAGUGGGGUGAUACAAUAAAUCUAACAGUGAUUAAUUACACAGGAUCACUAAAUGUCCAGUAACAUACUCCAGCUACUGAGCUAUCUGGUCACUGAUGAUCAAACCAGGCUGAUGACCACAAGAUAGCGUUGAUACCGGUGCUUGUCAUAAAUGUAGAAGUGAAAUCACAGAUCUAACACCCCCCC